GUCGUCGAUUAUUUAGGGAAGCCAGGAGAGAUUUGAUACAUAAAUAGACCUAAAAACAAAACCCCGCUAAUACAUAGACUACCUUCUGAGGCUAUUCUAAGCAGAAAGUUCUAACUAUAAGCUAUCUUCAAUUGCAGCUCCUGCUCACCCCGCCCCCUUUACCCCACCCCCCUUGCCCCUCCUACGCCAUAUUAUUAUUAUUAUUAUUAUUGUCAUUAUCAUUAUCAUUAUUAUUGUAGCUCCAUACAAGUCCCAUCUACAGAGUACUCCGAUAUCCCUGGUAGUACACAAUGACCAACCCCCCCCGCUAUCCAGAGGAGUGUCUGGAGAAAAGUCACCAGAGAGCAGAGGACCUUCGAAAGGAGCUUGAACACUCUCGGGACAGGGAGAACAACGUCACCCCUUCGUUCCUUUCACGUUUGAGUCAGUGCUAUCUCAACCCACCAGAGAACCAGAGACACUAUCGACCGCACAUCCUUCUCGUCUCCCAAGUUACGAAGCCCGAUUCCUUCCACUACUUUGUCCGUCUCCCACGGGAACUGCGUGAUCUUAUUUACUUCUAUGCCCUCCGCCCACCGUCAAACAGAGAACUGAUCGUGAAGACAACUAUUGAGAGCAUAUCUUAUAAACGGAUCUGGGGGAAUGAGAUCCCGCUUGUUCCCCUGGGGUACGGAAAUCCAGAUUCAUGGUCUGGCAGGAAGGAAAUGACCUCGUUGAUGAGGGUCAACCGGCAACUCUAUAGAGAAGCUUCGGAAGUCCUGUUUUCCGAUUUUCGGUUUUCCAUCCACGCCCGAGUCCUCAGGAUACCUGGUUGUAACUUCGUGCAUAGGUUGCAGGAAACCGUGGCGUCCAAGAUUCACAAACUCGGGCUGAAAUUGGAGGUCUUCUGGAAUUCCAAAGGGGUUCCUGUCUUGGAUCUCUACUCUUACGACAGCCUAAGCAUAUUUUCUGCAGUACAAAGUGUCGACUUCCAUUUUACAUUUAAUGGCAACGAAGCCAAAUUUCCGAAGGGCUAUGGCCCCCUAUGGCCGAUCGAGCGUAUGAAGCUAAUGUUUGAGAAGUUUCACCAUGUUCAAAUAUCGUUCAGUUGGUCAUCUGACCUGUCGGUCAAGCCUCAGUACGUAAAGAAAGCAUGCAAAAUUAUUCAAUCAAUGAUCGAUAAAUUCGAGAAUUAAGGAAAGACCGUUCCCGUUGUGAAUACCUCAUCCACCGGGCUUCUAUAUCCAUCUACGAAACAGGGAUAUGUAGAACUAUACAUACCAAGCCUUGAUCAUCCAUUUAGCCGAUACUCUAUAAUGCUUCGGGCGAAAAUCAAUGUGGCCACAUUCAGAUUGGCUAUAUGGUUUACGAAUGCUUCUCUUCAUCCCCGAUACUCUCGCGUUCCCAGGGGCGUUACCGUUCAACUUCGAGAUGCAGCAAGUAAAUGAAGUGGGCUGAAGAAUUCCAAACCCUGAUGGAACCUUAACAUUGCAACUACUAGCUACCGAAGAAAUACGUCGGAAUUACACCUCAGCUGUCUCCAGAUCUGCGCCUACAACAAUCGCGUUGCGCUUCCAUACUUGGCUCAGCGUCUACCGUUUGUUUUAACAAACAUGUUCUGCCACUAUAUGUCAGCGUGCUUAAGAAAGGAUUUCCUACCCCUUGAGCAUGAUAGCGAGAUGUAUGAAAAGUCACCCAUGGCUUUCAUUCUCAAACACGAGCAGGUUACGGAUAAGACCACACGGCCACAACCGCGCACACCGCGGUUUAUUUUGGUGUUGCAGUGAUUCCUUAGUGAAUUUCAAUAUCACUAUUCAGGAAGUCUGAUGGCAUAGAACAGAGAGGUCAGAUCUAUUAAAGGGACAAUCACGAGGAAGAAAAAUAAUGUUUUGUUACCAGUUGUGGGUGAAAGGUAUAACUAUACUGUCAUAAUAUAUAUACUUUCUAGUGGCUGAAUUAUGUUGCCUUUGAAGAGGAAAUGGAUUGCAGAACUUUCAUCUGCUGAGCCACAAGAAUUUGGAGGAAACAGUUCAGAUAAAAUAUUUCUAUUUACCAGGAGAAAUGAAUCUGUCGUUAUUCCAAGCUCCUGGUGAUAAGAUCAUGUGAUCCAUUAUCGCGCCCUGAUUAAUUAUUACUAGCGUAUUAUAAACAGGAAUUAAUUGGAUCGAACUGGUCGUAAUUUAAAAUAUUUCAAUACAAAUGCC